AUGAGGUCACCGUCGGAGUUGUCGGAUUUGGAGUUGAGAGAUGAGUUGAAGGCACUGGGCUUCCAAGCGGGUCCAAUUACGGGAAAUACUAGGAAUCUGAUGGAGAGAAAACUCCAAACUCUCAGAGAUAAGGCAGCUGGAGUGGAAGCGCCAAAGAAACCGCAAAGAGUUAGAAAGUCUCCUGUCAAAUCUCCAGACCCGAAGCCAUCGAGAAGCCCAUCAUCUAGCUCUGGAAGACAAGCUCCACCUUCCAGAAGCCGAUCCAACUCUAGGUCCAGAAAGGAAACAACGGAUCAAAGAGCGGCUUUAAGUAGUCUUGAUUUUGAUCAGGAGGAAUCAAACGAUAUGAGUAGUACAAGGAGAAUUGUGGUUUCUCCGAAUGAGAAUGCCUACAGUUCCAGAAGAAAUGAAAGAACAGAAAAGGAAAGUUCCAAUUCUCUCCCCAGGUCUGCGAAAUUGACACCUUCGGAGCCAGUCUCUCCCCCACCCAAUAGAUCUACUUUCAAAAGAACUCCUACUCCUACAAGACCAACCCUUCAGAAAUCGCGGGAGCCCAUCAGCAGAAUUGAUACUGGAGGUAUGUCUUCUUAUUGCUUUACAUUAUUUUUUAGUGUUUGGGUCAAGAGAAACAAGUCAGGCGGAAGAAGAUGAUCACUUUGAAUCUUCUCGUCUUCUUUCUCCUGAUGAACGAAGGCGAUUUAACAGCCAAUUUGGAGGAAAAAAGGAAUCUCCGCUGGAUAAAAUAAAAAGUAUGGGCUCCUCGGCCAUAGGAUUUCUUCAGAGGUCCAACAAAAAACAAUAUGUUAACUAUCCAUCCGAAAGAGGCCUUUACGGAACUCCAGGAGGUCGUUAUUCCCCCAUUUCCUCCCGAACUCAGAUCAGAGAACCUUCUCCGAGCAGAACUUCUGAUAUCCCCAAGUAUAUACUCAUCUUUUUUUUGUCAUUUACUCUGCUUUUAUUCAUUGCCUACAUCUCUACUGCUCACAGUCACACUGUUGAGAAAGGAAAGGCUGUCGUUGUUGGUAAGUGUAGUAUUGGCUUGGCUUUUAUUGUUUAUUUUUAGGAACUGUGACCGAUGUUUUUUCCUUGAUCUACAACUACGCCGUUGUCCCCGCCAUUUGUACUGUUUUGUGUAAGUCGUGUAGUAAAUUUUUAUAUUUUUUAAGUUGUUGGUUUGGGCACCGUCCUCUUCUACUUCUACAGAAGCAACAAAGCUAACAAGGAAAAGUUUGAAAAUGCAGCGAUGAAUCUGGUGGAUCAGAUUGCAGGUAGGUGUAGUUAGAAAAAAACAUGGCUUAGAUCGAGUCCGCAGUGCGGGGAUUGACGGCGUGGCUGAAACUCACCUCAGGGAUCAGAUUUAUCCCCCUACCAGAAGAUCGGAGGAAGAGUCCAGACUGUGGAGGUAUGCAGCCUCAUUUAUCAAUGAAAAGGACAGCCGAAUCAGGUCCGAAAGUCAGCUGAUCAACGGAGUGGAAUGCAAUGUAUGGAUAUGGGUAGUGGCCAAGCCUGAUGGAUGGCAAGGAAGUGGUAAGGUUUCUCUUUCUGAACCUGUCUUCUCAUUCUUCUUUCACAUAAAGGGUAUAUUACGUGGUUCACCCGGAGCUUCCAACCUUGUUUCAGGUACUUCUCCGCCAAUAAUGCACCAAUUUCUAUAAAACAUUUUCAUUCCAAAUUUUGGAGUCCGAAAUCGGUGAAAAUUCGAAAAUUUUUGCAAAGUUUUUCGCUUGGGCUUCUCGGACAAAGAGCAUUCGAGGGAAAAAUUACCCUCUAGGGCAGAAAUAGGUAUGAAACCUUCCGUGUCGAAAUUUGGAAAAAAAGUGUCAAAUACGAUCUAAAAAUCUCGGCCGGGUUCGCAAAGCGCUGGCUAGGAUUAUCGUUUUUCAUAAAAAAAAAUAAAACUUGUGCCAAGUUUCAUCCCUGUAAAUGAAACUUCUGUUAGUAGAAGAAAAAAUUGACGACAGACAAUGCACAAUAGUUGCAAAUACUUUUCAAGGCAUUACUUUUGUUUUCUGUGGUAAAUGGCUUAAUGAGUCGAAAUCUUUGAAAAAUGCGAACAAAUGGGUGAGGGUAUCUACAUGGGGUAUCUACAUGCAUGACAACAUCCACCCCGAAGAUGCAUAGCAAGUUUUGAGGCUUAGAUUGUCCGAAAAACCCGCUUUCGUUCUCAUUCGUCGGACUCGGUACCUCGCCGAGACUAAACUAUGCUUUUUGCUCGAUGUUGAACUGUUUCUUAUCCGCGGACAGGAUCUUCUUCCAUCGCUGAGGUGCGGCGCUUGGUGUCGGAACGCUUGGGUUUCCGACAUCUUUUGAGCCGUGCUAAUUUGUCGUCCUCGGUGAGGCACUGUACUUUUUUGAGCUUGUAAGACUUUUGGCUAUUCGACGGAUUGCAAAUCAAAGGGCUAGGACAGAAAACUGAGAACUUAAUGGAAAAACAAUUUUUUGGCUACACUCAAAUGUUUUUGCGGCAGAGCCCGGGACAAAAAUUUCGCAUUUUUUUAUCACCCUGUAAGAUUAGAAGCUCCUGCUGAACCACUCUGGUCAAGUUUGAUAUCGUAUAAACAAAAAGAUUAAGUUUCUAUUGGUCUCUGUCUACGUUUUCGUUAUGAUGUAUUAUGCUUAAAUAAAUUUUUGGUUUAGCAAUUGAUGAGACUUCUCCUCAGAAGUUGAGCAGGGCCCCCACCAGAGCCUUCAAGAUCCGGAAUAUUGAUGAUGGAAAUCGGUAAGUUAUCGUUUUUUGUAAGGGAAGCGAGUGGAAGGGUACCUAUGGAAUAUUUGUAGCCCAAGAGAAGCUGAACGCAUCAAAAAGGAGAUCGAAGAGAAGAUCGCACCUGUGAAGGCACUCCAUUACGAAUUGAAAAAGUCCUCGACCUACGAACCUUAUCUUUUCAUGGCCUUUAACACCAUUGAAGACACCACCAAAGCCUUUCAGGCUCUCCAUUCCCAGUGGUUUAAUGGAGAACUUUUGAAUGUAAAAUACAUGCACGAAGACAGAUACAUCAACAGAUUUCCAGAAGUUAGAUUCCCUGGGGGCGCAACUCCUGGACCCAUCAUCGACAGCAAUGGCAAUCCAUCUCCUCAUCGUUUCCAUUAA